AUGGCACCUGCGGGCCGCGGCGGCGGCGGUCGGGGCGGCGCGGGCGCCGGGCCGCUGCGCUGGCUGCUGCUGGGCGCCGUGGCCUGCGCGCGGGCCUCCGAGCACCUCCCGCCGCUGUCGCUGCUCAAGCCCGAGGCGCCGGCGGCCGGCGGCGGCUGCGCGCAGCCCGGAGACUGGGCGGACCAGUACCCGGCCGAGUGCGAGUCUUCCUUUUUGAACUUCCAUGAGUCUGACUGUGAACCUAAAGGAUCCCCUUCCUGUGACUCCUUGCUUUCUCUCAACACUGAAAAAAUUCUGAGCCAGGCCAAGUCUAUUGCAGAGCAAAAGAGAUUCCCAUUUGCUACUGAUAAUGACAGCACAAAUGAAGAGUUAGCUAUUGCUUAUGUGUUGAUUGGCAGUGGUCUCUAUGAUGAAGCAAUACGACAUUUUUCAACAAUGCUUCAGGCGGAGCCUGAUCUGGUUAGUGCAAUUUAUGGCCGAGGGAUGGCCUAUGGAAAGAAGGGACUACAUGACAUUAAGAAUGCUGAGCUUGCUCUGUUUGAACUGAGCCGAGUAAUUGCCUUGGAACCAGACCGCCCAGAGGUAUUUGAGAAGCGAGCAGAAAUUCUGUCUCCUCUGGGACGAAUUAAUGAAGCGGUGAACGACCUCACGAAGGCUAUUCAGCUUCAGCCUUCAGCCCGGCUAUACCGGCACCGGGGGACCCUGCACUUCAUAUCUGAGGACUAUGUGACAGCCCACGAGGACUUCCAGCAGUCCUUGGAGCUGAACAGGAACCAGCCCACGGCCAUGCUGUACAAAGGUCUCACUUUCUUCCAUAGAGGACUUCUGAAGGAAGCCAUUGAAGCCUUCAAAGAAGCUCUGAAGCAGAAAGUUGAUUUCAUUGAUGCCUAUAAGAGUCUGGGGCAGGCCUACAGAGAGCUGGGCAACUUUGAAGCAGCCACUGAGAGCUUUCAGAAGGCCCUGCUCCUCAACCAGAACCACGUGCAGACCCUGCAGCUCCGGGGGCUGAUGCUCUACCACCAUGGCAGCCUUCAUGAGGCUCUCAAGAACUUCAAGCGAUGCCUGCAGCUGGAGCCAUACAACGACGUGUGUCAGUACAUGAGGGGACUCAGCCAUGUCGCCAUGGGCCAGUUCUAUGAAGGGAUCAAAGCACAGACCAAAGUCAUGCUCAAUGAGCCCCUCCCUGGCCAGAAGGCAAGCCCUGAGUAUCUGAAGGUGAAGUACCUCCGAGAGUACUCCCGUUAUCUCCACGCACACCUAGACACACCGCUCACUGAGUACAACGUUGACACGGACCUGCCAGGGAGCUUUAAAGACCACUGGGCCAAGACCCUGCCUUUCCUCCUGGAGGACUACGAGGAACAGCCGGGCCUGCAGCCUCACAUAAAGGAUGUACUGCACCAGAACUUCGAUAGCUACAAGCCUGAAGUCCAGGAACUGAUCUGUGUAGCUGACCGAUUGGGAUCACUGAUGCAGUACGAAACCCCCGGAUUCCUGCCCAACAAGAGAAUACACCGAGCCAUGGGCCUGGCGGCACUAGAGGUCAUGCAGGCUGUCCAGCGCACAUGGACCAACUCGAAGGUCCGCAUGAGCGGGAAGACGCGGCUCAUGCAGUGGAGGGACAUGUUCGACAUCGCCGUGAAGUGGAGGAGGAUUGCUGACCCAGACCAGCCUGUGCUGUGGCUGGAUCAGAUGCCAGCUCGGAGUCUCAGUCGAGGAUUUAACAAUCACAUCAACCUAAUCAGGGGUCAGGUGAUUAACAUGAGGUAUCUGGAAUAUUUCGAGAAAAUACUCCACUUUAUUAAAGAUAGAAUUCUUGUUUAUCAUGGCGCUAACAACCCCAAGGGGUUGCUAGAAGUUAGAGAAGCUCUGGAGAAGGUUCACAAGGUAGAAGACCUUCUUCCCAUUAUGAAACAGUUUAAUACCAAAACAAAGGAUGGGUUCACUGUGAACACAAAAGUUCCCAGCCUCAAAGAUCAAGGGAAGGACUACGAUGGGUUCACGAUCACCAUCACAGGAGACAAAGUUGGCAAUAUCCUGUUCUCUGUAGAAACUCAAACCACAGAAGAAAGGACACAGUUGUAUCAUGCUGAAAUAGAUGCACUUUAUAAAGAUCUGACAGCCAAAGGAAAAGUAUUGAUUCUCUCAUCAGAAUUUGGGGAGGCUGAUGCUGUCUGCAACUUGAUCUUAUCGCUAGUUUACUACUUUUAUAAUUUAACACCUCUCUCUCGAGGAUCUAGUGUCAUCGCCUACUCCGUCAUUGUGGGCGCACUGAUGGCCAGUGGCAAGGAAGUGGCGGGCAGGAUCCCCAAGGGGAAGCUUGUUGACUUCGAAGCUAUGACAGCACCUGGCUCAGAGGCCUUCAGCAAAAUUGCCAAAAGCUGGAUGAACUUGAAAAGUAUCUCACCGUCUUACAAGACUCUUCCCUCCGUGUCAGAGACGUUUCCCACGUUGAGGUCCAUCAUCGAGGUGCUAAACACAGACUCUGCCCCACGCUGCAUCAAGAAACUCUAGUCAUGCCGUGGAUUUGUACAUGAAGGCUCGGGCCUUGUGCUCAUUAAGUUAUUUUUUAAGACAUGGAAUUAUUAAGAAAUUAGGUCCUUUAUUACUUUUGAUACCAAUUUUUGAUAGGAAUUGAAUACUUGAAAUCACUUUCCUUACUUCUCCAAACCAUAACAGAAAUCAUGAAAGUGGGUUUUGGGGGCAAGCUGCUUGAGCAAGAAGGGAAGUGUGUGCGCACUUCCUGUGGCAUCCAAGAGGCCACGGCGCUGUCCUGACAGUAAAAUGUUUACUUCAGAAACCAAAAAUUAGUGACUGAGCUGAGCAAAGCCAAGGAACAAGCCAGGAGUGUCUGCCUCCCUGGCUGGCGUUACACGCGCCUUCUGUGGGCGCGGUUUCACCUUGCAAUGCCCGCACAUGAGCUCUUGGUCUCCAGAACCGCAGAUGUCCACAGGUGUUGGUGUGCCUCAGCUCACAGCCAGAACCACGGAUUCUGCACACACAGUAUUUGCCGUUGUCCUGACACUGAAUUACCGAAUCAUGUGUUUCUCUUCUUUGUUGGAAAAAUAAAUGUAAACCAAAGUGAUUUCUGUAAAUCACUGAUUUGGGCACUGGGUUAUCUAUGUUUUUAUUUUGUGAGCAAGUUUUGCAUUCAGGUAUAAGAACAUUUAAAAAGUUGCUCAUUCCUUUUUUUUAGGCAGGGUGAAUGGCAGUUCAUUAAACUGUUGCCAAUUCCAAAUCUC